GAAGUAUCUGCAUGGUGGAGCUGGAUCUGGUUGCGUUUUGGAGCAAAACUCACUGUGGUUCCAUGUGUGGGACGGGGAAAAGUCAGCAUGGACAGGGAACUUCAUCUGGAUCGAGCCGAGACAUUCUCGUUCGUCAACCCGUGGAUUCGAUACUUUCUCUUCUUCUUCAGCUUCGUAUUUUGGGUGUUCUCCUUGUUGAUUGUUGCCAUUGGAGUAUAUGCCAAAGUCCAGAAAGCCACAGACACGGUGCGGGACACGUUCCUGAUCGACCCAGCUGUCAUCCUAAUUGUCGUGGGGGUGGUCAUGUUCUUCAUCACUUUCUGUGGCUGUGUUGGAGCCCUCAGAGAAAACAUUCACCUCCUCAAAACAUUCUCCUUCAGUCUGACUUUGGUUUUCCUUACCCAGCUGGCCAUAGCAAUUCUGGGCUUCUUCUACGCUGAGCAGACCCGCGAGGCCUUGGGAAGGUUUGUGAAGAAAGGCAUUGUCCACUACAGGGAUGAUCUGGAUCUGCAGAACUUGAUGGAUUACAUUCAGAAAGAGUUCCAGUGUUGUGGAUGGAACAACUAUACAGACUGGUCCUGGAACUUGUACUUUAAUUGUUCUGAUGUGAACCCCAGCUCAGAGCGCUGCGCUGUUCCUCAUUCCUGCUGCACUCCCGUUCCCGGAGAGGCAGUAAUCAACACUAUGUGUGGCUUUGGGGCACAAACCCUGGACUACCUGCAGGCAAACAAGUCAAUCUACCCAGUAGGCUGCGCAGACAGAGCCGUGUUGUGGAUCGAGUCCCAUCUGUUCCUGGUGGGAGCCCUCGUGCUGGGUUUGGCUUUGCCUCAGAUUGCAGGCAUUGUGCUGUCCCAGAUCCUGAUCUCUCAGAUCCAAGAUGAGAUUACCUCGGUGCUGUGAGCAUGAGCGAACAAAGAGUUGGUAAGGAGAGGAAGAAGAAUGGAAGAAGAAAUGGCAAUUGGACUACUCAGUUUAACUCCAAAGGCACUCACAAGGACACUUUUUGUUGCUCUUAUACGACUGCUGUUUUGUGUUUCUUCUUCUAAAUGUGAGGUGACAACUGUCACAGAAUAAAUUGUUUUAAACAGUCCAAUUAAAACGCGUACUGGAUUUCAACCUACAAUCUAAAAG